GUUGUCACUCUGUUUGUUGUACCAUGGCGGCAUAGUCUGCUAAUUGACAAACAAAAUGCAGUUUUUAUAGAUAUAAAGACAUCCGAGAAAUUUGAAAAACAACAUUUUGCUCAUAAUGUCCAACAGGACGUCUUAUUUUUAUGACCCCGACGUGGGUAACUUUCAUUACGGUGCUGGCCAUCCCAUGAAACCUCACCGGUUAUCCCUUACUCACAGUCUGGUGCUACACUAUGGACUCUACAAGAAAAUGAUGGUGUUUAAGCCAUAUAAAGCGUCACAGCAUGACAUGUGUCGCUUCCAUUCUGAAGACUACAUAGACUUCUUGCAGAAGGUUAGCCCCAACAACAUGCAGGGCUUCACCAAGAGCCUCAACACGUUUAAUGUUGGAGAUGACUGUCCUGUCUUUCCAGGUCUCUUUGAGUUCUGCUCCAGAUACACAGGAGCCUCUUUGCAGGGCGCCACACAACUCAACCAUAAGAUCUGUGACAUCGCCAUCAACUGGGCUGGAGGAUUGCAUCAUGCCAAGAAGUUUGAGGCGUCUGGAUUUUGUUACGUCAACGAUAUUGUCAUCAGUAUACUGGAGCUUCUCAAAUACCACCCCAGGGUCCUGUACAUCGACAUAGACAUUCAUCACGGUGACGGUGUGCAGGAAGCCUUCUAUCUGACCGAUCGGGUCAUGACCGUCUCCUUCCACAAAUACGGGAACUACUUUUUUCCAGGGACAGGUGACAUGUAUGAGGUCGGAGCAGAGAGCGGUCGCUACUACUGCCUCAAUGUUCCUCUCAGGGACGGCAUUGAUGACCAGAGCUACAGGCAGCUGUUCCAACCAGUCAUUAAACAAGUGGUGGAUUUCUACCAGCCAACUUGCAUCGUUUUACAGUGUGGAGCAGACUCUCUGGGCUGUGACAGGCUGGGCUGCUUUAACCUCAGCAUACGAGGGCACGGCGAGUGUGUGGAGUUUGUGAAGAGCUUCAAGAUUCCUCUGUUGGUUCUUGGAGGAGGCGGCUACACGGUCAGGAAUGUGGCUCGAUGCUGGACGUUUGAGACAUCUCUUUUACUGGAUGAAUCCAUCAGUGACGAGCUGCCUUACAGUGAGUACUUUGAGUACUUUGCUCCCGACUUCACGCUGCAUCCUGAUGUCAGCACCAGGAUAGAAAACCAGAACUCUAGACAGUAUUUGGAGCAGAUCCGUCAGACGGUGUUCGAGAACUUGAAGAUGCUGAACCACGCACCCAGUGUUCAGAUCCACGACGUCCCCUCGGACAUGCUGAGUUACGAACGCACAGAUGAGCCCGACCCCGAUGAGAGAGGGAGCGAGGAGAACUACACUAGGCCUGAAGCAGCAAAUGAGUUUUACGACGGUGACCAUGACAACGAUAAAGAAAGCGAUGUGGAAAUUUGACCAUGAGCGAUGAUUACUUAGCGGCUUGGACACACAAAACAUCACGUUAACGGUCCAGUAAGAGUCUGCACAUGGUUUGAAUUUGUUUUUCUGUACUGUACAUGCACAAUAACUUGUCAGAAUUUUGCUAAUAUUAGUUUUAAAAAUAUUUUUGUUAUCUGGUUUAUGUUAGUGAGAUACAAUGUCACUUCAUUUAUUGAUAUUCAAUGUAUGAUGUUCAGGUUGUUUGGGCACAACCUGCAUGUUUUUCUCCAGCCAUAACCUACAUCAGGAAGGCAGUCAAAUGUGUCCGGUGUCUAUUCAUGUUGAUAUAUUCUUUUAAGGAACAUGCACAUGGUUCUAUCAUGUUUAUAAACAAUUGCAAUUACUGUUAAAAGCAUCACAACCUGUCUUGGGGAACAUGUCUCAUGUGCCUUUCUGUUCCAAUUUGUAUUUUUACAAUAGUUUUCAUUGGUGGUUGCAUUGUAUAAGUACGCACUGUGUAUAUUGUAUGUACGGUAUGUGUACAUCUAUGGACUGGCAUCACGACUUGAGUGCGGCAGUUUAACGUCAGUGAUCAGAUCUUUCCACGCUGUGUACCUUGGUUAUCUUGCUUCAUCUGCAAGAUUGUUUUGAUAUUUGUGGCCAGGGGGGUUUCUAAUAAAAUGAACCAAUAGACAA